UAGCUUUUUGUUUGCAUCGGCCAUUCAUUCAUCAUCCCUAACCUUAGGAGUUCAACGAAACCGUAGAUUCGUCCCGUCGAAUAGCGAAGAUGCUGCGAAUUGCAGGGAGGAGGCUAUUGUCUGUUCAGCAGAGAUCUUGUACCGCGACCACCUUCGUCCUUUCCCGAGAUCAUACCAUCGACUCCUCUCCCGCCGCCCCCAGAUCUGCUCCCUCUGCUGAUCUUUCGUCUUUCAAUUCUUACCACCGGAGCCUUAUAAGAGGUUUAGCUUCUCAAGUCCUUACCCAAGGGAAUGAGGUAGGUUUUGCUUCGGAAGUUCCAGCCACGGUGGAGGCAGUCAAGACACCUAACUCAAAGAUUGUCUAUGACGACCACAACCAUGAGCGCUACCCACCUGGUGACCCUAGCAAGCGUGCCUUCGCCUAUUUCGUCUUGUCUGGCGGGAGGUUUGUUUACGCCUCUGUUCUCCGUCUUCUUGUUCUGAAGCUCAUUGUCAGCAUGUCCGCAACUAAAGAUGUCCUUGCACUUGCAUCCCUCGAGGUUGACCUAGGGAGCAUCGAACCGGGAACUACUGUGACAGUGAAGUGGCGUGGAAAGCCUGUCUUCAUCAGGAGAAGGACAGAAGACGACAUCAAGCUGGCCAAUAGCGUGGAUCUUGGAACUCUGAGAGACCCGCAAGAAGAUGCUGUCAGGGUCAAGAAUCCGGAAUGGCUAGUGGUGGUUGGAGUCUGCACUCACUUGGGAUGCAUCCCUUUACCUAACGCUGGUGAUUAUGGAGGUUGGUUUUGCCCUUGUCAUGGUUCACAUUAUGAUAUCUCUGGAAGGAUUAGGAAAGGUCCUGCACCAUACAACUUGGAAGUACCAACCUACAGCUUCUUGGAAGAGAAUAAGUUACUCAUUGGUUGAUGAAUAAAAAAGCACAACUGUCAGCUUCAUCUGUUUGCGUCUUCUUUCUUUUUCUAUAUUCCGGCAAUUUUAGAGCAAGAUUGUCUUGUUUGUUGCUGAAUAAUAAAAACUUGUCAUAUUUAUUGAACUUGUACUCAAUCAGCUCUGUUUUUUGAUGAUGAUAAUGGUGAUGAUGGUGAAAGACUCAGUUCAUAGUC